GAUUUUGGGCACUCGGAGCUCUUUUUCUAAGCUCCUUAGUUCUUUUUGGGGAAGCCUGUAAUUACCAAUGCAUUCCCAAAGAACAUUGUGUAGAAGAGGCACCUUUUUUGGGUUUCAAUCACCUAGCCUACCGCACACAAAUAUGCAGAUCAUCUGAGAUUUGUUGCAAAGUUCCAAGAAAGCAACCUCCUGCAAGAUGUCUUUUAUAUGAAUCCCCUAAAGAUCCUACUAAAGAUGAACUUGAAAAUCAACCUUGCGGAAAGAGCAAUUCGAAAGAGUAUAUGAAAAGGUUUAUGACCGAAAAUCAGGUGACUCCCGGUGAAUAUCCCUGGGUGGUGGCUAUAUUUAAAAAAGGCAAAUACUGGGCUGGCGGUUCUUUAAUUGCCCCUGAUGUGGUUCUCACAGCUGCCCAUCGUGUAAAAUUUGAACGAAAAGAUGAUAUUGUGGUAAGGGCUGGCGAAUGGGAUUUUAAUUCCAAUGUAGAAGGAUUCCAGUUUGAGGAACGUCAGGUGGAGCAAAUAUUGUGGCACGAAAGAUUUGAUUAUCGAAGUGGUUCCAACAAUGUGGCGCUACUUUUCCUAAAAUCAAAGUUCCAAUUGAAGGAGCAUAUUCGAACUAUCUGCUUGCCGACCCCGAAAACCUCGUUCGAAGGACAUCGCUGCUUUGUUGCCGGUUGGGGAAAAACAAAUAUCACCGAUCCCAACAAUUCGGCCGUUCUGAAUAAGGUUUCACUACCCAUAGUAAACCGAAACAAAUGUGAGCAACAGCUGAAGCUGACCAAGCUGGGCUGGGGAUAUCAACUUCCCCAAAGUUUGAUUUGUGCUGGAGGUGAGUUGAACCAGGAUGCCUGUAUUGGCGAUGCAGGAUCCCCGCUUUUCUGCUCCAUUGGAGAUCGCGAUAAGGAUAUCUACAUGCAGGUGGGCAUCGUGAACUGGGGCAUCUCCUGCGGAUUGGAAAAUGUUCCGGCAACCUACACAGAUGUGGCCAUGUUUCGGGAGUGGAUUGAUGAGAACCUGCUGGAUUUUUUGGUUCGAUAUUAGUAAAUUGAAGUAUACUUAUUUUGUAUUACUUUAUGUCUAACCACAUUUAAUAUGAUAUUUCUUACUGAAUUGUACAGUUUAAGAUGAUCUUGAGUCUAAGAAUAAUAUAAUAAGAUAUUGAUUAUACCAUAAAGUAAGAGAGUCUAAUUUGCGUUGUAUGGUAAAACCUGG